GUGGUGUGAUGGGAUGGGAUGCUGUGCGGGCAGAGGUUGGGCUGCGCUGAGUUGUGUUGCGGUGUGUUGGGUUGCACUGGGCCACGUUGUGAUGCGUCACAUCGAGUUAUGUCGUGUUGUGCCAUGUAGUGCUGAGUUAAACCGGCCUGAGGCACGCAGGGCUGUGUUCCUGGAUGGGGUAAAGGUGCUGCACAAACACAGCACCGCCAGCAGUGCCGCCCAGCUCUCCGGUCUGCCCGGCACACCCCUGCCUUGUGACCGGGCUCUGCGGUGGGCACCUGGUGCUGCUUCCCCGUGCACGCCCCAUUUACACACUGAUUCCCCCACCCGCAAUCGCACCUCCACAGCUUCCCUGCAGCCAUCACGGGAGCAGCAGUGCUGGGGAACCGAGAUAGAAAGCAGAAGUGCUCCCAGGGCUUUGCUGCUGCUGCUCACCCGCAGUGCCCGGAGCUCUGUGCCAGCAGCAGUGUGUGGGCAGGGACACCUUCCUCUUUCUGCCACACAUCUGAUGCUUCCAGCACGCUUGGCAAACCAAAGGGGAAAGUCCCAUGUGAAUGGGCUGAGGGCGAAGGGAAGGAGAAGCUUUGCUGUUCCAUUGCAUAGGUCAGCAGCUUCUGCUGGCAGGGUUGGCAGGGGCUCAAUGCGGACCUCGCUCCGAAUAUUUUUAGGUGGCAGCGUGCAGCGCUGGCCUCAAACAGAUCUUUCCUAUUUCCAUUUGUAUUCCCGAGUUCAACCCCCCCCAUUUAUACUGAACCGGUUCUAUGAAAUGCCACGUCUUUACGGCACGCUCGCGGAAACAUUUAAGUUGAAUAAAAUUCUGGGUUCUCCACCACUCUUUCAUUCAGCAAUGGGUCUGAAUUGUGACAUCUUUUGUCAAAGGCAUCUUCCAAAAAACACUGCAAUUUCUGAAGGAGAAAUUAGAUUGUCUUUUAAAGUAAUAUAACAGUUGUGCAAUUUUUGCCUUUUUGACCCUUCUUAUUUCCUCUGGGUUUUAAGUAGAGGCCUCCAAUUUAAAACCUAUUAUACUCCAGAGGCUGCUUCCACCCUCUCAGCAAUGUAACCAUGCUGUAGUCUCUGCCCUGUUAUUUUAACACUUGUUGGCUUUGCUUUGCAUCGCCUUUGAUUUACCAAUACACGGUCUGUGCACGCUGCCGUCUGUAUGUUAACUGUCUGCAUGUUAAAGAAGGCGUUGCUGUAUGUGUGCCUCAUAUCAGCACGCUGCCACACAAAAAGCAGCACUGAUUACUUUUAGCAGCAGUGUGAGAAUACGCAGAUUUCUUAAAAAAAGAAAAAAUGACAGCUGAAAUGUAUUAUGUAAGAAAAUAUUUGCAUGAAAUUUGUCUUUCCUUGUCAAGAGAAAGAAACACGCUCAGAAUUUGGUCUAUGCACACAGCAUCACCUGUCUGUGCCACUUCCAGCUCCUCGCGGCCCAGUGCAGGUGCGCCCAGCCCAGCAACAGGGGGCACAGCCAAGGAGGGAUGCUUUUAGCCUGGGGAGGAAGCUCAGCUUUAUGACAAAAAAAGGACUUGCUUCCCUCCUGCUGCAUCCCCACAGAGAGCCCGCAGGAGCCCGUGUGCACCUGGGCUCAGCUUUAAGCACCAGUGGGCAGCUGGGCAGGGCCGCGUGCUUGAGAAGUAGUUUGGGAGUGCGAGCUGGAUGGGGGCUUUACUCACUGAUGUGCAGCCUGGGAGUGCUGUCGUCAGUGUUUUCCAAGGCAGCAUCUUCUGCGUCUCGGGCAAGAGGCAAUGAUGCUGCUGAAAGCAACAAAAUCUCACCCGCCUUAUAAUUUCAGCUUGCAAGUAUCAACUCGUUUCUCAGACGUGCAUAGAAGAACAUGGGAAAAUAUUGUGUUUCUGGGUGCCCACUUGGUACAAUUUUAUUAAGCAGUUUACAAAUGAGAACCUGUGUCCCCAGAGUUAUGUCUGCAUAGGAAAAUAUCCAUAGUCAUCUGUCAAAAUGCCAGAUUUCUUACUAGAUCUGCUGUGGUGAGGAAAAAAAAGAGAUGUUAAUUAAUUCUGUGAAGAGGACAGUCUUAAAUAAUAGAUAAGAGCCAUGUCCAAGGUGUGCAGUGUUCUCAUCUCCUGGUCUCGCCAUGCCCCGUGCUGCUGGGUGCGGGUGAGAGGGGCUGAGCACAGAGUGCUGCCCACGUCCUGAUGCUGCCCCUCGUUCUGUCCCUCUGGGAGGGGGAACGCCAGGAGGUGCCUGGUGUGAAGUCAACAGACAGUGUUCAGAGGAGCCCUGGGAGCUCUGAUGGAAAGCACAGCCGUGUUAGCGUCACAUGCAGGUGGUUCACCCGCCGGGAAGGAAGAAGUAGGCUGUGCGUGCUUCCCUGUGAUUUAACGUAAUGGCACUUCUGUGAGUUCAGGGCAUAAACAUCACGAGCUCACUUCUGCCUUUUUGGUUUUUUCCCUCUUGCUUCCCUGCAUUGCAGGGCUGGGAGGCAGAAGGAAAGCCCCACGCUGAGGGGCUGCCCAGCUUCUCGAGCCUGGCAGGGCAGCACAGGGCACGUGGGGUGGUGGCACAGACACCAGGAACGAGAAUGGGACAGAAGUAUGGUCACCGAGUGCUUGCGUUGGAAGGGACCUCACAGACCCCCAGCUCCAAACUCUGCCGUGGGCAGACAUCGCCACCAGAUCAAAGAAGCACGUGCAACAUGAGUGAUGUCCAAUGUCAAUCCAUAGCCCGCCCUGUGCUCGCAGUGUCAUCUCCUUUGCUGACGACCGGGAAGGCAUCCCAGCACCGUACAGGGUGAGCAGUGCCAGCAGCAUGCACUCAAGUAGCUGAUGUGACUGAGGACAUGUUAGAAAGAACUCAAAUAUUAAUAAUAUAAUAAGCUAUAAAUUAGUUAUUAAGGUUUUGAUCCACUGAAGUCAACGGCACAUUUUUCACUCACUUCAAUGGCAGGAAGGGCGAGCCCUGUGAGCAUCAUAUCGUGUUUAAAUGGAUGAUGUUGUGAACUGUAAUACUUUUAAAAGCAAGGGGAGAGCAAAUCAGGGCAGCACUAUGCUAAUCUGUAGCUGGAAGCCAGAUAAAUCAACAGAAACGAGCUCCAUUCCUGAGCUGACGUUCAGAUUUCCUCUUCUCCUGCCUCUCAGAUGGCUGCGGCAGGGUGAGCAUGCCAUGGAGUUCCUGCUCUGGUGCCACCACUGGCCCAUUGGUCCCAUGGCAGCAGCUGCAGAUGCCAGCUUUGCUGGGCUGCAAACACCUGGGGCCUCUGCUGAAGGUGUCCCCAGAGACGGCCUGGACCAGUGGCCCUGGAGGUUUCCACCAUGCUCCAGAGUCCUGUGCAGUCCUCGGCCUUGCAGGACUGUGCAUACAGCAAACUUCCAGCCCCAGCAGGAUCCCUGGCAGUGUGCAGAUGUGCCAUAUCCAUAUCUGUACCGUCUCCUAUGGCCAUGCUGGGUACCUUCUGUACUCAUCCCAGAACUCUGCUGGCAGUGCAGCACACUGCUCCCUAUCUGGCCAUGGGCCUGUGCAAUAUCCUCCUCCUUUUUCUGGUAAGCUAUUUAAACUCUGGUGUUUUCAUAGUGCACAUAAUGUUCUCUUGCACAAAACCAACAGAAAGAGGAAAAAACAGCAUUUUUCAGCUUGUUUUCCCAUUGCAAACUUAUUAGGCACACACUGUUGAACAUUUCUUUGCCAAAUGUUGCAUCUUGAUUGUGUUGCAAAGUGUCUGCAAAAAGCAGCCCAGCUAGAAAAAAAAAAAACACAAAAAAUCUGGGUUUGCCACAAAAAUAUCUCAAAUCAAAAUCAAAUGGUAAACUCUGCAUUCUUCCCACAGCUUCAUUUAAUUUUGCCUGUUCUUUUAAUGCCCAAGUAGGAGUGUUGAGAAAAAGCUGGGGAAUACCGAGGAAGUGUUCUUGUUAGUACAGACAAAUAACAUUUUCUGAUUUGUUCUGGGGCUUUCAAUGCUCUUGUUAGAGAUCUCCCCAUCUCCUCCCCUGGCAUACUGCUGCAUGUCUGUGGAUCACGCAGCGCCCGGCACGCCACGUAGAAGUGUGCACGCUGCCCUGCACGUGUCUGUCCGUUACCAUGGCAAUGAUGCUUCUCAGUGAACAUAACAAACAAACCGCAUUAAAAAGAACAAAACCCAAACAAUCCCUAAUUAAAUUAAAAUUUGGCAGCAAAAAUUACAUUUUUCCCUCUAAAUAUUAAACAUUUGUAAGGAGCCCAUUGGCCACGUCUGUUCAUGACACUGACUCCUGGCCUCCACUGUUUACACGUUCCUCAGUUACAAAAUGACCUUCCAUGCCAUGUAUCCUCAACUGCUCUUAAGCAUAAUCCUAUGUUACUGAGUAAGUUAUAAGGUUUUGUGUAAAUGAUGUGACUUCAUGAGGAACUGGGGCUCUGAGAACUUGCCCACCAAGGAAUAUUUUGCAGUGAGAGCAACCACUGGCACAGCCUCCUCAGGGACAUGCGGUCCUCUUUGUGUCAGAGCAAAGCAUGGGAGUCGCACCACGCGUGACGCCUGCAUGGCAGCACACACCGAGCCGCGGAGACGUCACACAAGCAGAUGUGCCACAGCCCUUUGGUAAGCAAUCACCGCGAGGUAAUUGGCUGCAUUUAUCCCUUAAUGUCACGAGUCUGGAGUCCAAAAAUGACUACUUUUACAAAAAUAACUUUCAGGUGCAAUCAACAAAUGCAAACACGCUCGGAAAUCUUUUAACUCCUUUUAGCCGCAGAGUGGUGGGAGAUAACAGAUUGCAUUUCUAUGCAUUAUUACUCGCUUCCAACGCCGUCGUUUCCCUGCAAAUAUUAGCUGUCCCGUGAAUUAAUUAAUCCCCACAACCCGACAGCGGUGCGCUUUCUUCCGUGGCCCCUGCCCUGAACCCAGCAAUCCUGAGCGUCCUCCCGCGCUUGUCUGGAGUGCGUUUUAAUACCAAAGAACACAACAACUAAAAUGCCAUUCCCUGGUUUUAUGAAAAAGCAAUAUCGGAGAGUAAAUAGGGCAAAUACCAACAAGGAGGGACACGCAAGUUGAAUCGAACAAUAAAGUCAAAUAAUAUCACUAAAUGGAAGCGCAGCGGCAGUGGGGGGAGCUCUCUCGGUGAGCUUUCCAAAGCCUGCCGGUGAGGAGCGUGGGAGCACCCCGUCCUCCUUUGGAAUUAGCAGCAGCAGCCAGGACUGGAUUAAACCUCUUCAAAUAACUCUCCAAGCAGAGAGAAAGCAUAAAAGGGAGUGAAAAAAAAAAAAAAUCCGGCGCAUUCUUUUGCCACCAGUAAUAAGCUUACGCUUGCAAUAGACCUGUUAAAUAAUUAGAGUUAAAUUGCCUCCUCUCCUACCACCACCUUUCUCGGCUUUUCACUUCGGAGUCGCAGCCUAAUGGGGAGGGAUGGGGAGGGAGAUGCAGGAGAGCCGUGCCCCACUGCUGCACUGCGGGCUGCACCACGGGCACACGGCCAGGCGGGACACAGCCCACAGCUGCACACGCGUGGCACGGCCCCGCACACGCGUGCACCCCCGGCCCUGAGACAGAAGGCACUGAGAAAGGAAUUGAGAUUUGCAGAUCUGAUAAUGAGCCAGUUAAUGACAUAAAUGAUACCUCAAGAACCUCACUAAACCAUCCAGGUCCUACAAUUUAAUCUGUAAUAAAUACUCCUGCAUCAUUGCGAGAUGGCUGCUCAUAAUGGCAAAUGAAAUAUGCUGGUAUGAUAGGUACAAUAAAUCUGGAUUUUCCUAUGGUUCCCUCAGGCUAGAACAAUAUGUAACCAGAGUGCGCACUGUCAGGAUGAGCAGAUCUCAAAGCCAUCAUAAAAUCUAAAUGGGGACUAAUUAGGAGGCCCUUCCCUUCUAGAGUUACUAUUUCUAUUGACAUUUUCCAUGCAUGAGCCCCUCCAUAACAUCAUAAGUCACCAAGAUAAGAACUCCCUAGAUUAUAGGGAAAAAGCUUUAAUGGAGAAGUUGAACUCAAAGGCGAUGCAUAAAUUUUCCUUCUGAUACCACGGCAAGUCUGUGUGCUCUACUUUCUUUACAAACUUUCCUCCCUGGGCCCGGCUGCGGCUCCGCCAUCCCCAUCACUGCAGCGCUGCCCAGGCCUGGGGGAUGUGUGCCUGUGGGGCUCCCCCGGGCACCACUGGGGGCUCCAUGCCCAGGACAGGAGCGCCCAGACCCCGCUUGUGCCCAGCCCUGCAUAUGGAGCCCCCGAGUCGCAGGGCUGCUCCCAGCCCAGGCUGAGACAUGCGUACAAGCCAAGAUUUAUUGGCUGUUUACAACAGGCUUUACAUUUAAUUUUCCCUUGUCACUUGCACACAAGUAAUUGCCCUGGUGUGUACGUGCAUAUUCCUGGUUGUUGGAGGUGCGGACACAUGUCCUUGCUGCUGCCCUGAUUAAUGGCCUCAGGCCCAGCCCCCAGCCCAAGGGUUUGGGAAUCAUCCCAGUGCGAUGCGAGGUGUGGUCGUGUUAUUGAGGUGAACCAUGAAAUGCCCUGCUGUGCCGUGCCAUUUCUUGUCAUUCCAUGCCACGAAGUGCCACAAAGUGCCAUGCUGUGCUGUGCUGUGCUGUGGUGCCAUGCCAUGAGAUGCCAUGCUGUGCCAUACCAUGCCAUGCUGUGCCGUGCCAUGGAGCGUCAUAAAGCGUCAGGUCAUACCACGCCAUGCAGUGCUCUGCUGUGAAGUGCUAUCCUAUGCCAUCAAGUGCCAUGGAGUGCCAUCACCUGCCAUACCGUGCCAGCAAGAGCACAAGCCCACACAGUCAUCACAGGCAGAGCAGCUGUUGCUACUUUAAUGGAAAGCACAGUCUGAUGGCAUAGUCAUAGCAGCUGCAGUUGCACAGUACUGUUGGCACACACCAUUGGUAGCCGUCAUCAUUGAAGUGAGCAAAUCCACUAAUUCAAACUGACUGUGCCACUGGGAUAAAUGGAUUGAAAACUCAAAGUCUGGGUUCUGGCAGCUCCGGAAACCUGGCGAGGGCAGUGGGGGUUGGAGGUGCGAUGGCCCAUCCCAGCACCACUGGGCCUGGCAGCAUUGGAGCAUCAGCUGCUGUGCCCCCAGCUGUGUGCUCACACGGGGCUGCUCACACGUGCUUUGGGCGUGCAUGAGCCAGAGAUGUUUGUGCUUCUUCAGGAUGUCUAUUUCUGUGAGUUAGCAAGAAAAUAGGAGAGUGGGAUCUGUGCCACGCAUAUCAUCCACAGCCUCCCCUUCUGUAGCCGCAAAAAAUACCUCAGAAAGGAAUUUGAGUGAGCUUUCACAAAUAUUUUCCCCUUGCAUGCAUAAAACAAUGAAGCAAAUACUCUGAGGGAAAAAAAUGCAGCAAAGUAAGUUGUGUCAUAUAGAACUCACGACUGCUCCUGCCUUGGUGGCAUUUAUCUGUGCUCACCAGGGCAGACCUCGCACUGUGAAUUACCGCAUCCCUCCCACUCCUGAAGGAUGCUGGCAGGAAGGCCCCGCCGCCCCGUGCCGUCUCUGUGGCCGCUGCUCACCCUGCCAUUGUCAGAGCAGGCGCUGCCUGGCGCUCCCAUUGUUCCCAUGCAGUGAGCUCAGCCUGCGUGCGCCGGUGUUAAAAUGCAAUUCCGCCGGAGCUGCGACCCGAUGGGAAGGCUGGCCUCCUCACGUGUGAUUAUCUUUGAUCUUUGAAUGCACAUUAUAUUUUUGAAAAUUACUGACAUGGGUAAACAAACAUUUUCUCAAAAACAGCAUUCCUGCAGGAUGAGUCUAAAUACCCUUCUCUCAACUUUGUGUUUGCACAGAGUUAUACAGGGGAAAUGAGCCUUCAGAGAAUUAUUAGAGGGCAAACGAGAAGCGGCCAAGUUUAUGAAAAAAUAGCACAAAAAUGACUGGGAGGAUAGAGAUCUAUAUCCUAAAGUCAACUCCGCUUCCAUUUCAUUUUUUUAAAGGAAAAUCUCCCCUGGCUGAGAUGCACGCUGUGUUUCCUACCAGGGCUUUGCAGAGGGGAGGGGCGACUCUCCGUCCCCCAGAAGCGCAGAGGGACCCCACUGCUGUUUGCUGGGGCUGAGGGAGAUGGACCUCACUCCGGGCUCCGGUUCAGCUUGUGUUAAUGGGGAAGUGGGGUUCGGCUGAAGCACAAGGAGCUGCUUAAUGAGAAUUGCCUAAGAGAAAGUGUGCAGUGCAGCAGAGGGGCACAGCACCGUGUGAAUAAAGGAGUGUGAGAGGAGUGGCACAGCGAGGGCUGCAGCGGUGCCAGCCGUGCUGGCAGCACCAGGAGGGAAGGCCAGCCCUGCACGGGGCUCCUUCACAGCACGGCCACUGCCGUGUGCUCAUCUCAAGGUUCCCAUCCGAGCACCUUAAGGACGCUCACAUACAGUAUCCCCAUGGCAGAGGCAGAGCUGUUAUCCAAAGUGCUGCUGAGAUACACUGAAAUGACGGUGUAUAAAUAUCAAAGAUCAACACCCACUAAAAGGCCAAAAAUUCAGGGAAAUGGGAAAUAAGUAUGUUUAGGUUUUAAUGCUACAUUAAUUCUUGUCCAAGUGCUGUUGCAUUUAAAUGGACCUACGGCCAUGCGCUGGAAGAGGAGCCAGCAAGGAGCAGCACCCUCACAUACCCAGUGUAUUGCCGGUACUGAGGUGGCUGCUCAGGCCCUUUAUUUCCAUAUUUGAGCCAUCAGCUUGUGUUGUGCAGAUGGGGAUCAGUGGGUUUGUUCAAAACCCAGCCAAGCAAUUGGGAAAAUUUGCUCAGCACCAUUCCUUCCCUCUGGUUUGUGCUGGUUCUCCCAAGGCGUGGGGUGGUGGUGUGGCAUGGCUGGGUGAGGGGGGCACAGCCGCACACCAUGGGACUGCCUGGGACCAUCCCCACAGCGCCAGUGUGGCCUCACCAGGGAAGAAUGAUUUAUCAAAGAUAUAAAUCAAAAUGACUGUUUAGCAGCACUGAUUAGCUUCAGAUGAGUAUUUGUGGAAGCACAAUAGCAUCUAAACAUGCCAUGUCUUGGCUACCGUGGCACGGCGUGUCUCGUUUAGUCCACAUGCCCAUCUGUGUGUGCCCUUUAGUGCCUGUAAAGAUUUAAAAUUGCAAAGAGAAGAAUUUUAUCUCCUGUUGAGGACAACCCCAUUUCACACGCACCAGCUCUGCAAUCCGGAGGGUGUAAUUCAGGCGUGCAGGACGCGGCUCUGCAGACACGGCCAUACAUCACCUCGGCACGGCUGCCAUGCACUGCAUCCCCUGCUCACACCUCCCCUCCGUCCUUCCCCAGGAGCAGUGAGCGAACGAACCAGUUGCACAUCUGCACUGAGCAAGCCAAAGCAUGAAUCCUGAAGGCACGAGUGGAAACAAAGAGGUCAGUGCCUUCAGAGCCCCCAGCUCUGUGCACACGGUGCCGGCCCAUUGCCCACCAGCAGCGUGGGGCUGCAGUGGGUGCUGUGGGGCUUCAUGCUGCAGCUGCCCCAGAGAAGGCCAGCAGAGACCCUGCUGGUGUGCAUCACCAUUGGAAACAAGAGGGGGAAUGGGUGUUGCUUAGCAAUGCACUACGGCACGCUCCAGUCCUGGGGAAUGGGCAAAGAGCUGUCAGAAACCCCAGCAUUAUUAUUACUGUUAUUGCAAGAGCACCCAGAUGCACACGGCGCUUUGCAGACAAAAGUAAUCGGUGGUCCUUCAGCCUGUGGAGCUGCAGUGGCACAGGAUGCUGCCCCAGGCAGCAGUGGACACGGGCUGUGGAGCAGAACAGCACAGCAUGGCCCCUUUUGGCCCUCUCCCUGCACCCACUGAUGGUGUGGGAAGGUUUCUUUCUGAGCACGUUAAAGUGAGAAGUGAGCGCUGCCAAACUUCACUUUGCAUCUCUCUGUCCCGGGCUGCUGAAGCUGCAGUGCAGCCGCUGGUGCACGGUGUUGAUCUGAGCUGGUGUGCACCUGAUUGCUUCGUUACCGGGUCGGCUGUCACAUCCAUAGGAGCAGUGUCACGUUCUGAAGGACCCAUUAACACCUGUUGUGUGUGGGGAGGUAUCCUGCAGGCUCUGCAAACCGUGCCGGCUGCUUGCUGUGCGAGAUGGACGUUUCCUUCUGGUGUGGCUGCUCUGAUGUACACACAGACACCUCGCUUCCAAAGGCAGACACACAGCUGCUGUUGCACUGGAGCAGCCCUGGUAGUGGGUCAUUGUACUGCUCUGAGCAUCUCCGGCACUGGGACCCAAAUAUAACACGAGCACUUGAUCCGGCACACAUUUCGGAUAACAGAAAACUUCCUACAGCUUUUAAUGAGUUCUGGACCGGGUCCCAGGUCGUCGUCGUGCUGUUUUGUGAAAUUACUGAGAUUUAUGUCCAGCUAUUUAAUAUCAGCCUGAAAAAAGACCCCAAAGCCCUGCCCCCGCUCAGCAACGUGUCGUGCUCCCCAGCCAAAGACUUUAAUCUUUCAUCUUGUUUGGUUUUUUCCCUCUGCGCUGAUGGUUUUUUUCCUAACUCGGCCACCUCAGCACAACGUUUUGCAGGCACCUGGCAGAGCGCAAUGCAGCAGCUGCAGGCAGGCCGUGGCUUCCAGGAGGUCAGACGGUGAGCGGUGCAGGGCAGCCCUCCCUAUUGGGGUCCGGCAGUGCCCAUCUCCAGCUGGAGCCGCCGCGGAGGGGCCGUGCUGUGCCGGGGAGCUCCGAGCCGAUCGUUUUAAUACCAGAGCGACACCAAAGGGGGUCAAGUAAAUAAAUAUGCAUGCCUCACUAGUUCAAAAUAAUAAAAUUCCAAUGUGUGCAAGCCUGCUUGUUGAACAUAUGUUUGCGGCACGGCUAAGCCAUCUGGCUCAAUGUCAAGCAUUUACACCAACUGCAGUCUUACACUACCUGACAGCAGAAAAGCUUUAUUCCCCUGGUGUUUGGGCACAAAUGGAGAAAUAUUAUUGAAAUGAUUAUCUGCAUCAAGACUCAGAUUUGGUUUGACAUUUAGCUGGCUCUGUUUAAUCCAAAGGGUUGUCUGAAUGAAUAAAGAGAAGGGUUCCUCCAGAAGAUGCUGCGAGCGGCCGGGAGAGCCAAAUGAUUAAUGAGAGCCGGAGCCGGGCGCACCCUGCCCACCUCCACCCGCAUCGGGAAUGAGGACGCACUGCAGCCUGGUGGGAUGCGCACAGCCACAGUUCUGGGCAGAAGGGACUGGGAAGGAUUGCUCCACAUCCCGGCUAAAUCCAUCUACGGGAAGUCCCAGGGCGCAUCCCUGCAUCAGAGCCGGUGCUGCAGGAGAGGAGAGCGUCCCGUGCUGUCCUGGUGCCGUGCAGAGGGCGCGUUGCAGGUCUGGAGAGGGUCCAUCCCGGCUCCUUUGUAGAAAGGUGUGCCGUGACACAGGAACAAAGGAAGAACAAGAGCGCGAAGUUUGGAGCAAGUUAAUAAAAAGCGAGUGGGAGCAGGAUUUGUUUGAACUCACAGGGCUCGCACUGACAGAGACAAAUCUAUCUGAGGAAUCAGGCGUGCUACAUCUGAAAAUAAAAUGGGAUGGAGCUGCAGAGCACGGGGUGAUGAGCAGCGUUACGGCCCAGAGAGCCGCUCUGCCUGGGAGUGCUGAGCAAAGAGCCCCUCCCUCCCCCCGGGAACGCACUGUACCAUUUUAUUCCCCUUUUUCUUUACAUUUCCACUUCCGAUCGCUGAUUUGGAUUUAAAAUUAAUUUGGUGAUUUGAGUUUAAUAAGAAUGUUAGACAUGAUUUCCUUCUCACUCUUACUUUUAAUUAACUUUUUAAUUGAGAUUUAAAUGAAUUCUAAUGAACAGAAUUGGUCGCCUGAUGGAUUUGUUGCAGCGGCGUGGUGAGGGAUCAGCGUGCUGGCAGCAGCGUGAU